CACAAGGACUGCAGGAGGAGCACAGAGUCUGAAGGCAGAAGAGAGAGGAGAAGCUACCUGAACAGUCACCAUCUGCAGCUCAGACUCACCAUGCUGUGGUUUCUGCUGCUGAACUGUGCGCUCUGCAUGGGAGGACACUCUGCAGCAGGACAGAGAGAUGGGGAAAUGAUCAGUCAGAUAAAAAUGACAAACUUCGCACUGGAUGAGAUUAAAGAGCUUUUGAAACAACAGAUAAAAGAGAUUGUUUUCCUGAAGAACACGGUGAUGGAGUGUGAAGCCUGUGGGAUGGGAGGAAUGCAGCCUCGUCCCUCCUGCGUGCCGAACCCCUGCCACCCAGGGGUGAAGUGCAAGGAGACACCUCAGGGUGUGAAGUGCGGACCCUGUCCUGAUGGUACGGAGGGCAACGGUACCCACUGCACUGAUGUCGACGAGUGUACAGUUAUGCCGUGUCACAUGGGUGUGCGCUGCAUAAACACCUCCCCAGGUUUCCGCUGCGGCUCCUGUCCUGCUGGGUACACCGGCCCCCAGGUCCAGGGCGUCGGACUCGCCUACGCCACCGCCAACAAACAGGUCUGCAAAGAUAUCAAUGAGUGUGAAGGCAUCAACAAUGGAGGCUGUGUGGAGAACUCUGUCUGUAUGAACACGCCUGGGUCCUACAGGUGCGGCCCCUGCAAGACGGGCUAUAUUGGAGAUCAGCGGCGCGGCUGUAAGCCAGAGAGAGCCUGUGGAAACGGCCAGCCCAACCCCUGCCACGCCAGCGCCGAGUGCUUCGUCCAUCGAGAGGGUCGCAUCGAGUGUCAGUGUGGAGUCGGGUGGGCUGGAAACGGCUACCACUGCGGCCCUGACAUUGACAUCGAUGGUAUCCCUGAUGAGAAAUUGGCCUGUCCUGAGAAGACCUGCAACAAGGAUAAUUGUCUCACUGUUCCCAACUCUGGUCAAGAAGAUGCCGAUGGUGACGGCAUGGGAGACGCCUGUGAUGAAGACGCAGAUGGGGACGGGAUCUUCAAUAUGCAGGAUAACUGUGUGUUGGUGCCUAAUGUUGACCAGAGGAACGCCGAUGAAGAUGACUUUGGCGAUGCAUGCGAUAACUGCCGCGCAGUGAAAAACAACGACCAAAGAGACACGGAUGUGGACAAAUAUGGUGACGAGUGUGAUGAAGACAUCGAUGGGGAUGGAAUCCUUAAUCACCUGGAUAACUGCAAAAAAGUUCCCAACGCUGACCAGAAGGAUCGUGAUGGAGACAAAGUGGGAGACGCCUGCGACAGCUGUCCUUAUAUCCCAAACCCAGACCAGAUGGAUGCUGACGACGACUUGAUUGGAGAUCCCUGUGACACCAACAAGGACAGUGACGGUGACGGGCACCAGGACUCGAGGGACAACUGUCCGGCCGUCAUCAACAGCUCCCAGCUGGACACGGACAAGGACGGCCAGGGGGACGAGUGUGACGAUGACGACGAUAACGACGGCAUCCCUGACCUGCUGCCCCCCGGUCCGGAUAACUGCCGUCUGAUCCCCAACCCGCUGCAGGAGGACUCGAACGGUGAUGGCGUUGGCAACAUUUGCGAGGCGGAUUUCGACAACGACACCAUCAUCGACGCUAUCGACGUUUGUCCAGAAAACGCUGAGGUCACCGACACUGACUUCAGGGAGUACCAGACCGUCGUUUUGGAUCCGGAGGGUGACGCACAGAUCGACCCCAACUGGGUGGUGCUGAACCAGGGAAGAGAGAUAGUCCAGACUAUGAACAGUGAUCCUGGGUUGGCAGUGGGUUACACGGCUUUCAGCGGUGUGGACUUUGAAGGGACCUUUCAUGUAAAUACGGUGACGGACGAUGACUAUGCAGGAUUUAUCUUCGGCUACCAGGACAGCUCCAGUUUCUACGUGGUGAUGUGGAAACAGGUGGAACAGAUCUACUGGCAGGCGAACCCGUUCAGAGCCGUGGCAGAACCUGGCAUCCAGCUGAAGGCCGUCAAGUCGAACACGGGUCCAGGGGAGAACCUGAGGAACGCCCUGUGGCACACCGGAGACACCAGCGAUCAGGUCAAACUCCUCUGGAAAGACGCUCGCAAUGUCGGCUGGAAGGACAAGACUUCUUACCGCUGGUUCCUCCAGCACCGACCCGCAGACGGCUACAUCAGAGUACGUUUCUACGAGGGUCCUAAGAUGGUGGCGGACACAGGCGUCAUCAUAGAUGCCACGAUGAGAGGAGGUCGACUGGGAGUCUUCUGCUUCUCCCAGGAGAAUAUCAUCUGGGCCAACCUGCGUUAUCGCUGUAAUGACACUCUCCCUGAGGACUUCGACACUUACAGAGCCCAGCAGUUCCGGCUGGCGGUCUGAAGACACUGAGCGAGCCCAGGGAAUUCUGGGAAACAGGUUCCAAAGCACAGCUGGGAUCAGAAAUAAAACCAUCACUUAUAUACAAAGGCUUGUAAGAAGUCAACCAAAUAUGUUUUAACAUAAAGACUGAUAUAUAAACUCCUGACAUCAGGGAAAAGUUUUCGGAGCAGCAUCAGGAAGACAAAUAGUUUUUAAUUGUUUAGCAAACGGAAAUAUCUGUCAUAAAUAAUUUUGUGACUAAAUAUUGUCCUAUAUUGUAUUCAAAUUUCAAUUUAUACUUUGAAAGAACUAUUGAAAAUAUUUAACUGUCACUGAUGAAUAAAUGUGGAUUUUGGUAAAUAAUGUGCAUUAUACAUUUUAUGCAUUAUAUUUUAAUAUUAACCAGCAAUUAUGAAAUGUCUAAUGAGGAAGGUAGUCUUAAAAGUGUCAACAUGUCAGAGAAGUGCGGAAAAAAUGUUUUCAAAACUAGUCAAUUGUUAUUUAAAUUACUAUUACUAUAUAUAUAUAUAUAUAUAUAUAUAUACAUAUACACUGUAUGUAUAUAUAUGUAUAUAUUUUGUGUCAUGUAAAGCAGCUUUAAAUAUCUAGAAAUAACAUGUUAAUGGCUUUACUGCAGAAGAAGUCAAACAUUUUGUUUUAAGUAACAGACGUGACGUUUUUUCAAACUCAACAGCUUUUAGUGGAAAUCAACAUUCUGAACAUUUCACAAGCAUGCACAUAUCCAAAAUAAUCUUUUAAAUUUUGCAUUUGGAAAUACAGAUUACAAAAUAGAAACAAUAGCAAAGACAAUAUACAACAGGAUCGAACACCAUGCAUGUCCACAGCAAACACGCUGUGACGUUGUAAAAUGACAUCGGGCCGCUUUUUUAAAUCAGCAUUUUCUGAAAAUCAAGACUAUUUGCAGAGAAACAUCUGUCUUCCACAUUCAAUUUAAUUGACAUUUUCUUUCAUCUUAUAAACAAAUGGUCACAUAAGGAGAAUCACAUGGCAACGAAGAAAUUACUACAGAUCUUUUACUACGACUCACAGGACAACAGUGGUUUAUGCUAUUAUCACUAGAAGCUUUAAGUGGAAUUUAAACUAUGUUUUUCCAAAGACAGUUGUAGAGUCAUUUAGAAAACCCUGUGUUAUUAAGGGGACAUUUUAUUCAGACCUAAAACACCCUGGGAACAAGCAGUAAAGAUGGAGCACCAACUCUUUAUUUUUCACGUGGGAUCAAUGAUACGCCUUUUAACACAGGACUCCUGUUUAAGACUGCUCUGCUUCUUCAGUUUGGGACAAGAUAUCAGCUUCACUGCUUUUCAACACAACAUACGCUGCGCUAACAAGUAACUCAAGAAGUCAGUGGAGGCUCAGACCAUAACAACCAGAUGAGUAAACACUGCAUAACUUGGAAAAUAUAAAUUCAUUUUGAGGUGAUUUGUUCAUCUCGAGACGGAAACGAAAUUUCGUUCAGUAGCCAUAAAAGUGUUUCAGUGUUUAGCUUCAGAUGCCUUUUUUGUGAAAUUACCUCAAUGUCUCAAAAUGCUAAUUCAUGCUCUACACGUGAGAAUGUUUCACCACCAAGAAAGGAUCACGCAAAGAUAUCCAAGUCUGCCGAACAAAGUUUACUGUCUUUUUUAUUUCUUGAAUUGAAUUGAAUUAGCUGCCUAGCUUGAGUUAAAUUAUUUGUGUAAAAUGUUGUGGCUCUUAGCUGACUCUAUAGACAACAAACCAAAGACAAUUAAAAAAGGAAUCUAA